GGAAGAGCCGUUUGGGUCGAUUUCGCCCGGCUGCGAGGACCGAGUGACGGAAGUUACUCGGGGUUGUUGGUUUUUUUGUUUUUUUUUUUAAAAGAGAUAAUUUUGUCUCCGCAGAACGACGGAAGGGCGAGGAGGGGAGCGGGCGACCGGAGUUUCUUAAGGCGGGGGGGGGAGGCCGCGCGCCAUUAGGCUUCCCUUUCAGUUUCUUUUGUCCUUUUCCGCUCCCUCGCCCGCCCAUCAUGGCGGCCACCUCCAACCUGCAGAAAGCAAUAGACCUUGCUAGCAAAGCAGCACAAGAAGAUAAAGCAGGGAACUUUGAGGAAGCCCUACAUCUGUAUCAACAUGCUGUGCAGUAUUUUCUUCAUGUUGUUAAAUAUGAGGCACAGGGUGACAAAGCAAAACAAAGCAUCAGAGCAAAAUGUACUGAAUAUUUGGACAGAGCAGAAAAGCUGAAGGACUAUUUGAAAAAGAAGGAGAAAACUCCUCUUAAACCAGUGAAAGAAUCUGGUCCAGCUGAUGAAAAAGGGAAUGAUAGUGAUGGGGAAGGAGAAUCAGAUGAUCCUGAAAAAAAGAAGCUACAGAAUCAACUUCAAGGUGCCAUUGUCAUGGAACGACCAAAUGUCAAAUGGAGUGAUGUUGCUGGACUAGAAGGAGCAAAAGAAGCCCUUAAAGAAGCAGUAAUAUUGCCCAUUAAAUUUCCUCACCUUUUUACAGGGAAGCGAACUCCCUGGAGAGGGAUCCUUCUGUUUGGACCUCCAGGAACUGGGAAAUCCUACUUGGCAAAAGCUGUUGCAACGGAAGCUAACAAUUCUACAUUCUUCUCUGUAUCAUCUUCAGAUCUUGUCUCAAAAUGGUUGGGAGAAAGUGAAAAGCUGGUGAAAAAUCUAUUCCAACUUGCCAGAGAAAAUAAACCUUCAAUUAUCUUCAUUGAUGAAAUCGAUUCUUUAUGUGGUUCCCGAAGUGAAAAUGAAAGUGAGGCAGCUCGGAGAAUUAAAACAGAGUUUUUGGUUCAGAUGCAAGGAGUUGGAACAGACAAUGAAGGAAUUUUGGUUCUUGGAGCUACAAAUAUCCCUUGGGUUCUAGAUUCUGCCAUAAGGAGGAGGUUUGAGAAGCGGAUUUAUAUUCCCUUACCUGAAGAUCAUGCAAGAGCAUCAAUGUUUAAGCUUCAUCUUGGGACUACUAAAAAUACCUUGUCUGAAUCAGAUUAUCGGGAACUUGGAAAGCGAACUGAUGGCUAUUCAGGGGCUGAUGUUAGCAUCAUAGUACGUGAUGCUCUAAUGCAACCAGUUAGGAAAGUUCAAUCAGCAACACAUUUCAAAAAAGUGAAAGGACCAUCACUAUCAGAUCCAAAUGUUCUAGUAGAUCUCUUCACCCCGUGUUCUCCAGGAGAACCCAAUGCCAUUGAAAUGACCUGGAUGGACGUACCAGGAGAUAAACUUCUGGAACCUGUUGUUUGUAUGGCUGAUAUGCUGAGGUCACUAGCCAAUACAAAACCAACAGUAAAUGAGCAGGACCUGGAAAAACUAAAGAAGUUCACAGAAGAUUUUGGACAGGAAGGCUAAUCCAAACAACUCUCUAAUCCUAUUGUUUCUUUAUUUGGCAUUAUUGCCUCUGUGUUGCCAAUAAAUAGAUUGCUCAUUCCUUCUUUUGCAUAUGAACUAAAGAGCCUCUUGCAAAGCUCUUCAGGCUUGUAUAUCACUUUCCAAAAAUAUCUAUUAAAUGUCAUUUAUCGGGAGCACGAUAAUAGGACUUGUUGGCAAAAAAAGAAUGGACUAAUGUGGUAUAUAUAUUUUAACAUUUGACAGCCCCUUUGGAAAAAUUCUCAGUAAGAAAUAAUAUAUGCUACCCCAAGUCAGAAGUAUUUAUAAGCUCCUGUUGGCCUAAAAAAUACUUCUAGAGUAUUUUUUUAAACUGAAUUCUAUUUGGUUGUCAAGUGUUGAUUUUUAUAAUCGGUGAAUUUGCUUGCAAAACAAAUGUUCUCUCUUGAAUUAUCAUCUGGAACUUGGUAAUGCAUAUGAUUAAAAUGUUCCUAUCAAUUAGGGUUUCAGAAGGGAAAAGGCACUGAAGGUCAAUACUUAAUUGCGUGCAGAAUUCAAGUUCUGGUGUUUUCUUUUUUUUAUUUCUGCAAUAUGGUAUUGCCUUAAAAACAUCAAGCAUUGUUCUGAAUAACUCGCAGACAUUCACUGUGCGACCUACCAGAGAAUAGACUUGAAAUGUAAAUAGUGUGCGAGACAAUUUCUCUUCCUGUCUGGUUUCAUCUUGCUUUAUUCUCUAUAGGAAUUUAAACCAAGCAAGGGACAUAUUCUAUUAAAAUUCCAUGGAGAAAUCUGAAAUCCACGUUUUUAGCCAGUCAUUUGUUGACAGUAGUUAUUUUCUGAACUGACUGUCAUUUUGAAAGAAGUUCUAGGAACAAAGCGCUAAACAGCCUGAACUUCCUAAGGAUGCUCAGGAGCGAUGCUGUUCUUCAAGAUUUACCUUUAAAAAUUAGAAAGAAAAUCUAUAUUGUUAGUUUAAUAGAUAAAUUAUAUUAAAAAUUAAGCACAGUGCAUGUUUUGCUCCCAAAGCCUUUUGUUAAAAAGUAUGCAUUUUAAAUAAAUUCUUAGUGUGAUCUAUAAGAUAACAGUGGCCAGUUUCAACAUCACAUUAAAAAAGUUUUUACUGAACCUCAGGCUUAAAGUCUUCCUCCUUCCAUAUAACAGAAGGUGCAGUUACAAGUUUCUUGCUUCUGGAUUCCUUUAAGUGCAGUCUGCCUUGCAUUCCAAAAUCAAUAAAUUAUAAUUAAUUUUAUACAUGUUUUAAAAUAAGCAAGCUUCAAACCAUGGGUAAUGAAGCUGCCUUAUUAAAUAUGCCAGAGUUAAAAUUAAUCAGAAUUUAAGAUUCAACAAACAUUAGCCUCUGGUUAAUAAAAAAGCAGAAACUUCCAAAAUUUUGGCCAGGUUGUGAGGGAGGAAAAGGAAAUAUGCAAAUCCAGAACAUUGUUCUCAUCAUAUUAAAUUGUGUUCAAAUGCAGCCAUGACAGCACUUGAAUUUGUGCCUUGGAAAUUUGCCCUGGUUGUAGAUAAGUGAGUGCUGUAGUAUCUAUGUAACACAAAUUGCAUUUCUGUUAAGGAAGUGUAUCUUGUAGAUGCUUAUGGUGUUGCAGAUUUCUGUGUAAAGUACUAUAUGGUCAUCUUAGAGGUUUUGUUUCCUUCUCAUGUCUGUAUUUUGUGUACUUUCUGAAAUCAUAGGAAUGGUUGAAAUUUGUCACUGGAUGAAGUAAGUUGCAAGAUAUCAUUAGUUUACAUUUCUAAUGUUAGAAUCAUAUAUACCUUUAUGUUAAAUAUAUGGACUAUUUUGCUCAAUAUGACCCUGCAAAUUAUACUUUGAAAUCUUGUGAAAGGAACUUUUGAGAACAUGUCCAAGUUGUAAAGUCAUGUACGUUAUCCUCAUGUCAUUUUGUCAGAUCUGUUUGCUAUCCCGUUUAUGCUUUUAUUUAUUGCCUUUAUACCCUGCCUUUUCUCUGGGAACUCAAGCCAAAGUGCAAGGAUCACAUUUCAUAAUAUCCCAUGAACAAUACUGUGAGGUAGAUUGUGCUGAAAGAGAUGAUUGGACCCUGUGAAUUCCACAUGGAGUGGAAUUUUGAACCUGAGUCUUCCUAAUCUAUGUCCAGCCAUUUUUCCUUCAAUUUUUCACAGCUUGCUUCCUGUGCCUAUUGCAGUAUAUUUGUUUUGAAAAAUACAAGGUCUUGAAAACAGCUAUAAUAUUUCAUAAAGAUUCACUACAGUACUGCUAUAUGGGCAUAUUUACUAAAUAUUCAACACUUUUACCAUGGAAACUGUAGGUCACCAAAGUUCUCAAACGAUAUAAAAUCUAAAUUAAAAUAAAUUUGGUAUUAUAUAUGUA